CCACAUAUUUGUGUUUGAGUACCAGUCGUGCAUGGUCCAGUUUCCCACAAGGAUACCGGUGCAACGAUCAGUCAUCGUAACGACGCAACUUUACGGUCCGUUGCAGUGGAAAUCUUGAACUGCUGCUCGGUUCGACCAAACCUGCAUUUUAGAGCUGGAGGAUAUACAUGGUGAAAGUUCUGGCAAUGAAGAUGAGCAAAGUGGGCAACCAGACCAAUUCGCAGGACCCACAGGCGGUGAAUUCCCGAGUUUUCGUCGGGAAUCUAAACACGUUUCAGUGCAGCAAAACCGAUGUGGAGCGAAUGUUUCAGCGGUACGGCCGUCUGGCAGGAAUAUCCAUGCACAAAGGCUAUGCAUUCGUGCAAUUCACAAAUCCCUUUGAUGCUCGAAGCGCCUGCCUCGGCGAAGAUGGCCGCACCGUACUUAGCCAGAUACUCGAUGUUAAUAUGGUGGCGGAGCCGAAGCCUCACCAGACUGGACGCAAACGCCAAAAUGUGACCAAGACAGGCAACGAUUGGGACUACUAUUACGACAGUUACUACGCGUCGACUGCGUUUCCACCUCGUUUGGCACCACCACUGAAGAGACCCCGACUGAUGCCACCGGCUCGAUCGCAACAUCCGAAACAACAGAAACAACAACCCGCUGCUAACACCACCGCCGUUCCAGAUCUAAAUCAACUGAAAGUCUACAGUAACCCGGACAUCCUGAUCUGCGGUAACUGUAGAGAGAUGUUCACGGACCUGGGAGAGUUGCUCGAGCACAAACGGAAUUACUGCAAGCUGCGGUUCACGUGUAAAUGUCACACCUUCAAUGGAACAGCUCCAAGAGACUCUACGACGGCUCUGCUCUGCGUGCUCUGCAAAGUAUCCUUCCCUUCAGCAUGGGAAUUAAUGGUUCACGCUCAGGCAGCUCACAUGAUCAACAUUUACGAGCUGGGAACUCGUCCUCAGAGUCCAAGGUCUGCUCCCAGCCCUCCACAAAGUCCGGGUCAACAUCAGAAGGAAUCAUCGCCCUUACCACAGGACUUUCAAGAAACCAAAGCUUCAGAUUGCGAGGAACGCGCAGAAGAAGAGGAUCUAGAUAGACACGAAUUAUUGCCGUCCCCUGACAGUGGCAAGUCAACGGACAACGAAGCAGCUUUGUCACCGAUUAAAAUACGAUCUGAUGUAAACGGACUGGACCAUGAAGAAUGCGAUGAAUUGAUCCACGUCGAGAAUACGGCACAGGCUUGCAUCAUGCACGCUCUCAGCAUUGACUCGUCUUUAGAGCUCAACUCUGACACAAACUCCAGGGGAAGUUCUGGCCCAGUCAUGGCGUUGACUAAUGGAUCCUUGUCCGCGAAGGAAUAAGUCGAGAAAGAAUUAGCCAUUGGAACACGGUUUUCCUUGUCCCAAGGAUUCCUGUAACCAGCGCCAUCAACGAGACAUAUCGAUCUCCCUUAAGGAUAACACACCCGUCUGUAUAUAGCUUAAAUGCCUAACAAAUAAUUCAGGGUCGUCCCAUGCCAGAUCUGGGACCUAUUUUGGCCAGUUUAGUAUCAAUGGAUCUCGAGCCGUUCCGAGGAUUCGAUGAACGAGAAAGAUUUAAAGCGUUUCGCCUCCGUUUACGUCCAUCUCGUCGAUUAAUCCUUUUCCUUUUUCCUCUUUUUUCCCUAUCUCUCCACUUCUAUUUCACCCUGGGGAACAACUUCGCCGCAAGACACAUCGCUCCUGACGAGCUUCCACCCGUGAAAUAAUAAAAACGACGAUUUCCUGCUCCCAUUUCCUAAUUUUUUUCUACGAGCUUUAUUCUAAUUCCGGGCAGACACUGGUUACACGGCUGAAAUUAUCAGGGAGGAUUUUUAGGUCGAGAGGAAGUUAACCAUUGAACUGAUAUGUGGGUUCUCAUUAUACUAUUCUUGAUAAUUGAGAGAGUAAUUCAAUAGGUGAUUGUACGUGUGGGGAUUCGGGAAGUUAUAUAACGUGGUAUUAUUCGGUGCGUGGAGAUUUGGCGUGUGGGGAUUCGACGCUUGGUAAUUCAAAGCUUAGGAAUUCGACGCGUG